GAUAGUGGAUGUGGACACGAUGACACGUUUGCCUAAGAGAAUUUGCAGAGAAACUCCUGAGACUGAAGGGCAGGCUGGAGUGCGAGCACUGGCCACAUUGAGUGACAGCUCCUAGGAGAACCAACUCCGGAGGAGAAAGGACUUCAAAGCCUCCACCCUCAGUCCCCAGGAAGGGGACCUCGGAGAAACUUGGCUGCGGCUGGAGCUCUGAAGGGGUCGCAGCGCCUCCCUUCCCAGCUGUAGUAAAAUCACCCUGAGCCAUUUGCUCCGUUUGGGAGGAGAGAACUUUUUUCUGCCUUGAGUUUGGACGUGAUUUUCUCCUAUUUGGAAAGAUUUUCUGCCCCUGCCUAUGUCACAGGAAGAUUCGGGACUGGGAAAGAAGAGUUCAGGAUGAGGGUGAAGACCAUCUGCUUGCUGGUCACCUUCACUGGGGUCCUCCUGGUGACUGCCCCCAGGAGCAGAGCCUGUCCCCGCCGCUGCACCUGCUAUGUGUCCACAGAGGUGCACUGCACAUUUCGGUACCUGACCUCCAUCCCAGAGAGCAUUUCACCCAAUGUGGAACGCAUCAAUUUAGGGUACAACAGCUUGGUUAGAUUGACGGCAAUGGAUUUUUCUGGCCUGAGCAAGUUGGAGCUGCUCCUGCUGCACAGCAAUGGCAUCCACAUCAUCGCUGAUAGGACCUUCUCGGAUCUGCAGGCGCUGCAGGUCUUAAAAAUGAGCUAUAACAAAGUUCGCAAACUUGAGAAAGAUACUUUCCAUGGCCUCAGGAGCCUGACCCGGCUGCACAUGGACCACAACAACAUUGAGUUCAUAAACCCCGAGGCUUUCUAUGGGCUCAGUUCUCUCCGCCUGCUGCAGUUGGAAGGGAACCAGCUCACUAAGCUCCAUCCAGAUACCUUUGUGUCUCUGCGUUUCCUCCAGGUGUUUAAGACAUCCUUCCUCAAGUACCUGUACUUGUCUGACAACUUCCUGCCCUCCCUCCCUCAGGAGAUGCUCUCCUACAUGCCUGCCCUAGAGAGCCUCUAUCUGCACGGGAACCCGUGGGUCUGUGACUGCCAUCUGAGGUGGUUGUCUGACUGGAUACAGGAGAAGCCAGAUGUAAUAAAAUGCAAAAAAGACAGAGGUACCUCUGGUCUGCAGCUGUGUCCUGCUUGCAUGAACCCCCAGAGUGUUAAGGGCAGGCCCUUUGCUCUGGUCCCAGCUGCCACUUUCCUGUGUGUGAAGCCAACCAUCAACCCGUCUCUGCAAUCAAAGAGACCGAUUGUUCCAGAAGACAGUGGUUCUGCCUCCAUCUCUCCCCGAGACUUCCUGGCACCCCUCGGAUCCCUAACUCUGAAUAUGACAGACCAGUUUGGAAACAAAGCUAACGUGGCCUGCAGCGUUCAGAAGCCCUCCACGACACGGCCCAUGGCGUUCAUUGAAGAAAACAACCACAUCUUCCUCAAUCUGUCACUUUCAACAUUCCUGGUGUGCAACUUGGAUCCCAGUGACAUUCAGCCAGUGUGGCACAUUCUGGCUUUGUACAGUGAUGCCCCUCUGACACUGGAAAGGACCCGCUUGCCUCCUGAAACACCGCAGCUGCGCUACAAAUACAGACAGGUGGCACCUAAGCCCGAAGACAUCUUUACUAACGUGGAGGCCGACCUCAGAGCGGAUCCCUCGUGGUUGAUGCAGAACCGGAUCUCUUUGCAGCUGAACAGAACUGCGACCACCCUGGGGACAUUACAGAUCCAGUUCGCAAGUGAGGCUCAAGUCACUUUACCAGCCACAGCGGGGGAGCCAGGGACACACAAGUGGACUAUGAUUUCAAGGAAUAACGACACCAAGCUGGAGCACACCGUCCUGGUUGGUGGCACCAUUGCUCUGGACUGCCCAGGCCAAGGGGAACCCAGCCCACACUUGGAGUGGCUUCUAGCCGAUGGGAGCAAAGUGAGGGCCCCCUAUGUUAGUGAGGAUGGACGAAUCCUCAUAGACAAAGGUGGAAAGCUGGAACUCCAGAUGGCCGAUGGUUCUGACUCGGGCAUGUACCACUGCGUAAGUACCAAUUACGGUGACGCAGACGUCCUCAGCUACAGGAUCACUGUGGUAGAGCCCCGCGUGCAGGCUCUUCCUGAACGGGGGGUUCGUCACACAGUUUUUGCUGGUGACACGCUUGAUCUCCCAUGCCAUGCUACUGGGACCCCAGACGCCUCUGUUAGCUGGGUCCUUCCAGGAAGCUCUGUCCUCCAUCAGUCCUCAGGAGGAAAGCAAAUUCUUAACAAUGGCACAUUGAGAAUCCCGCAGGUCACCCCAGAAGACCAAGGUCAGUAUUGCUGUGUAGCAGCCAACCCUUCGGGGGUGGAUUUUCUGCUUUAUCAAGUUUCAGUCAAAAUGAAAAGUCAAAGGCCAUCAGAGCAGGAGGGGGAUGCAGAUGGAUCUGGACUUGGGGAGCCCAGUCCCAGCUCUCGCCCUCAGGAGUCUGUGGUUGGUGGGCUCCCUCCGUCUGCUUCCUUGGGGACUCAGGCUAGGAGACCAGUCUCCAGAGCAAGUAAGAAUGACAGAGGGGGGUUCACCCCGCUGCUGCGGGGAGGGUCAGCACACCGAGGCCUGAGGGAGCAUAGGAGGCACUUUCCCCCCUCUGCACGGAGGAUUGACCCACGACACUGGGCAGCUCUUUUGGAGAGAGCCAAAAAGAAUACUGUGCCACAGAAACGGGAAAGCACCACGGCAGGGCCACCCACGCCAGGCUCCCGGCUCCUGAGCUCACCUGGCGAGGAAGAGGGCUCUUCGGGUGUGCUCCCCCCAGAAGAGGAGUCUUCGGGCCCCACAGCUCCCAGUGCUAUGGCAAGGGUGGAGGCCACUGGCCCUGGAGGAAUGGCCCCGAGCCCUGUGGCCAACAGAGCCUCUGACACAGAAGCCUCCCCCAUGGUGAGUCCGCCUGUGCAGCCUGAAAACCCUACAGGUUUCAAGCAGUCCACCACUUCUAAAACCACAGCCACACCCGAGGACCUAGAUCCAAGUAGUUCAAGCCAAAUGCACGGUGCAGCCAGCCAAAAUCCAGCCGCUGUCUCUCCACCGAUGCCCAGAACGACUGAAUUUCAGGAGUCUGAGCAGAUGGGGAGGUACGAGCAUCUCCAAAAGGCUCCUCCAACAACACAGAGGACUGUGACCAGAGAUGCCCUCAUCAAAACGCUUAAUAGCAAUAACAGGGCUGAUGUGGUCUUAGAGUCGGUAAAUACCACAAACGGCCACCAGACACCAGUGACGGGAGCCAGUGAACCCAGGAGCGAGCAAUCCUAUUCUUACACUCUGCAAGGACUUAGCACCUCUAGGCUCCCUUCAGAGCCACACGUUACUGCUGAUCCUUCAUUUCAGGUUCCUAGAAGUAGCACUGCUGGCACCCCACUCCCAAGACGCUUUGGGCGGCGCAGGAAAAUUUGGGGCAGAGGGCGAAUUAUUAGCCCAUACAGGACUCCAGUUCUCCGACGGCACGGAUACGGCAUGGUGGGGCCUGCAGUCCGGGGCUCUGCUGAGGAAAGCACUACCACACCUUCAGCCUCAGAGCUCCCUGUGAGGUGCCUGUCCUGUCCUCCCACAGAGGCACUGGCCUCUGCUACAACAGCGACGUCUUCUCUAGGUCCUCCCCCCAGCACCCACCCUAACGCUGACGUCACCAUGGUCACAGCAGAUGGAUCCACAACUCUAGCCCAGAAUCCUUCAUUAUCUGAGAACAAAACAGAGGUGGAUAUUGAUAAAACAUUGCCCACAAUAAAAUAUGUCAGUGCUGAAAGUAGCCACGGGGCCCCCACUGCAGCCACGACUCCUGCCCCCACCUCCACACCUCUGAAUCAACCUCUCCUAGCAGAUAAUAGUUCCCUGAGUGUAUCCACCACCAGCGAAGCCAGAGGACAGUCGGGGAUUACACCACCUCUUCCAGGUCCUGUCAUCAAGCCACCAGUGCCCACGGCUCUGCCCACUACAAGAUUCUCAAUAAGGAAAAUCCCCUGGCAUCAGAUCUUUGUAAAUAACUAUAAACAAAAAGGGAUAUUAAAGAAUCUGCGUACGUUUGGUUUACAGAAAAGUACAGCUACGAUGCUUCCUAGAAUAUCUCCUGCUCUACCCACAAAUCACAUUCCUGGCUUCCCUCCUGCAACGUUCUCAGCAAGGCUGAUGCAGAUUCCACCUGUAACACUGGCUGCCACCCACCACAACACCAGCAAAACCCCCAGAUCUGGACACCACCCCACAGGGAGGGAGCUGCUCUUCCCAUCCUCCCACUCCCUGCUUCCCACUCCCACCCCCAGAGAAUCGAGCACACUUGGCUUCCAACCAGUGCAAACAGCCUCCCUGACAGGUGCCCCCACUGCUCCCACAUCUGUCAUUAUCUAUAAGACCCAAACAACAGGACCCAGGUCCCCAGAAUAUCCAGGAGAACAAGAGCCUCGGAGGAACAGGAAUGACCCGAGCAUCUCUCCAGGCCAGAGUGCUGACCUGCCUCUCUCCGCCACCGUGACACCUGUUCCAGCCAUAGCUGAAACUUCCCUUGAGCCUGGCGUCUCUGCUUUCACUCCCCCACCGCUGGAAGACACAGGUGGGAUUUCAAGCACAACUGGUCUUCACUCAAGAACCCUUCCCCUGACAGGUGUACCUGAAGGGCCGCCCCAAGAGACCACCCAGACUCUGAGGAGCACAACUGCUUCCAAAAUGUUGGUGUCCAGCAAAUCACCCCAAAGUACGGCAGCCAGGAAAAUCAGUGUUGGACCCUCAAGCAAGCCACCAUUCCUGAGCAGCCGUGGUCCUCUAGUGCCGAUUCCCACCUCCCUGCUCCCCACGCAAACUGUAGUUACUGACAGAUUGGCAACUCCCGUCUUCAAGAUGAGGACGGAUACAGUGGUCACCUUGAACAAGUCCUUGAGGCAUGAUGCUGAUCUACAGCAAUUAGCAGCAGCCGUCACAGCACCUCCCCAGCAGCCAGAUGCCAAACUUGUGACUGGAGUGGCCCACUUCACCAACCCCAGCUGGGGACGCCCUACUCUCACCCCGAGACCAAGAUCGAUAACAAUUAAGUCUCAGGAUUCCAAAUGGACUCCCUUGUCCUGGCCAGAAAACCAGUUUGGGCCCAAGUUAUACCCAGAAAUUGCAGGCAAAGGUAAAAAUCCAGUCCCAAGUGAGUUGCCCACUCUGAGCUUACCAGAGGCCACCUCUCAGACUUCAAACUGGGAUGGACAGAAGACGGAUAAGAAAGCUAGUCAAAAAAUCAUGACUUUCCAGCUCCUUCCCUCUGACUCUUUGUUGAGGAGUAUGUUUGAAAAGCCCAGAAUAGUUGGAGGAAACGCUGCCAGCUUCACGGUUCCUGCGCACUCGGAUGCCUUUCUCCCUUGCACAGCCGUUGGGAACCCCCCGCCCACCGUCCACUGGAUCAGAGUCUCAUCAGGACUUGAAUUGUCUAAGAGGAAACAGAAUAGCAGGUUCCAGGUACACCCCAAUGGCACUCUGUCUAUCCAGAGGGUCAGCAUUCAGGACCGUGGACAGUACCUUUGCUCAGCGUCCAACCCAUUUGGCACGGACCACCUUCAUGUCACCUUGUCCGUGGUUUCCUAUCCCCCCAGGAUCCUGGAGAGACGCACUGAAGAGAUCACGGUCUAUUCUGGAAGCACCGUGGAGCUGACGUGCAGAGCAGAGGGUAGGCCCAGUCCUAGGGUCUCCUGGAUUCUUGCAAACCAGUCAGUGGUCUCUGAGUCGUCCACAGGAAAUAGACAGGCCCUGGUGACCGCCGACGGAGCUCUAGUCAUCCGAAAGCUGAGCAUUUACGACCGUGGCUUUUACAAGUGUGUGGCCAGCAACUCCGCUGGCCAGGAUUCACGGCUGGUUAGGGUACAAGUCAUCGCGGCUCCCCCAGUCAUUCUAGAGCAGAAGAGGCAAGUCCUCGUGGGGCGUCUGGGGGAGAGCUUGGAACUGCCCUGCACUGCAGAAGGGACUCCUCAGCCCCUCGUUCACUGGGUCCUCGCCGACGGCACUGAAAUAAAACCCCUGCAGGCCUCUAGUGCCAAGUGGUUCUUAGGUGCCAAUGGGACUCUGCACAUCAGCAACCUAGCCCCUGCUGACAGGGGCACUUACGAGUGCAUUGCCACCAGCUCCACUGGCUCGGAGAGAAGGGUGGUGACGCUCAGAGUGGAGGGGCAGGAGACCAGCCCCAGAAUAGAGGUCGCCUCCCCAAGGUGGACAGAGGUGAACCUGGGGGAUGAACUGCUACUGAACUGCUCAGCUGCUGGGGAGCCCACACCCAAGAUAAUCUGGAGGCUUCCAUCCAGGGCGGUGGUCGACCAGUGGCACAGGAUGGGCAGCCGACUGCACGUCUACCCAAAUGGGUCCCUGUUUAUUGGAUCUGUGACAGAAAAAGACGGCGGUGACUAUUUGUGCGUGGCCAGGAACGGCGCGGGGGACGACCUGACCCUGAUGCACGUCAGCCUGAGGCUGAAGCCUGCCAAGAUCCACCACAAGCCACACUUUAGAAAGCAAGUGCUCCAGGGGCGGGACUUCCAGGUGGACUGCAAGGCCUCCGGCUCCCCCGAGCCCGAGAUCUCCUGGAGUCUGCCAAACGGACGAAAGAUCAACCAGGCUGUGCCAGCCCGGGACAGCGGCCACAGGGCCCGCAGGUACACCCUUUUUGACAACGGGACCUUGUACUUCCACAAAGUCGGGAUCACUGAGGAAGGAGACUACACGUGCCAUGCCCAGAACACCCUGGGGAAGGACGAAAUGAGGGUCCACCUCACCGUGCUCACAGCUGCCCCUCGCAUAAGGCGGGGGUACCAGACCAACGUGAGGCUCCAAGCUGGGGACACGGCCGUCCUUGACUGUGAGGUGGUGGGAGAGCCUAAGCCAGGAACGUUCUGGCUGCUGCCAUCUGGCGACACGAUUUCCUCCUCCAGUGGUAGGUACACGGUUCACGCGAAUGGGUCUCUGUCCGUCAGCAAGGUGAGGUCGCUGGAUUCUGGAGAGUACGUGUGUGUGGCCCAGAACCCCAGUGGGCAUGACACCGAAACGUACACAGUGGCCGUCGACUGCAGGCCCCCAAUGAUCAACGACAUCUAUGCCAACAAGACGGUCAUAAAAACCACGGCCGUCAGGCAUUCCAAAAAACACCUGCACUGCAGAGCCGAAGGGACGCCACCGCCCCAGGUCAUGUGGGUCAUGCCGGACAGCAUCGUCCUCACAGCCCCGUACUAUGGCAGCAGAGUCACAGUCCAUGCCAACGGAACCCUGGAAAUCCGGAACGUGAGGCUUUCUGACUCUGCCGAGUUCAUCUGUGUGGCUCGGAACGAAGGGGGAGAGAGCAAGCUGGUGGUGCAGUUAGAGGUCCUGGAGAUGCUCAGGAGACCCACUUUCAGAAACCCCUUGAAUGAAAAAGUGGUUGCCCAGCUGGGACAGCCCACAGCCCUGAACUGCUCUGUGGAUGGCAACCCGCCUCCUGAAAUUAUCUGGAUUCUCCCCAACGGCACCCAGUUUUCUAACGGACCACACCUCUCUCCAUAUCUGGUAGCAAGCAAUGGCUCCCUCCUCAUUCAUAAGACAACUCGGAAAGAAGCAGGAAGAUAUCGGUGUGCAGCUAGGAACCAAGUGGGCUACAUUGAGAAACUGAUCAUACUGGAGAUUGGGCAGAAGCCCGUUAUUGUGACGUAUGCACCAGGGACUGUAAGGGGCCUCGGUGGGGAAUCUCUAUGGCUGCAUUGUGUGUCUGAUGGAAUCCCAAAGCCACACAUCAAAUGGACCACACCAGGUGGUUCUGUGCUAGACAGGCCUCAAAGUAAUGGCAAGUACACCCUGCAUGAAAAUGGCACCUUGGUCAUCAAGGAAGCAACGGCCCACGACGGGGGGAAGUAUGUUUGUCAGGCACAAAACAGCGUUGGCCAGGCACUGAUCACUCUUCCAGUGAGGAUUGUGGCCUACCCGCCCCGAAUUACAAACCGCCCUCCCAGGAGUAUCCUCACAAGGACAGGAGUGGCCUUUCAGCUGCACUGUGUGGCCCUGGGAGUCCCCAAGCCGGAAGUUACCUGGGAAAUGCCUGUCCACUCCUGGCACUCAAGGGCAAGAGAAGGGAGGAGCCAGGGGGGCGAGCAGCUUCACCUGCAAGGCACCCUAGUCCUUCCGAAUCCCCAGACCUGGGACUCGGGGCUGUACAGGUGCACAGCCAGGAACGCCCUCGGUAGUGACUCUGCAGCAACUUACAUUCAAGUCAUCUGACAUGAAACGAAAGCAGCACUGAACAAAGUCAACAUCUGGACAGAAUUUAUUUUUUGGAAGAAGUUUAAUCAAAGGCAGCCAUAGGCAUGUAAAUGAACUUGGAUACAUUUACAAUAUUAAAUUUACAAUGGACAUGCAAAAAAAGACUUAAGUGCAGUAUGAACUGAUACUGAUUUCUUGAAUGGAUCUCAACACAAACUUUUAACUUAAGGCACUUUUAUUUUGCCAACAAAUAACAAACAUUAAGAGGAAAUGGUCCACUGUAAAAUAACAAAUGGCUAAUGCACCUGAAUUUUUCAGUAAAGAAUGAACUUCUUAUUUUCUUUCUACUACCAGUUGCCUAGUGUCACCUUCUAUCAGUGUUACAAGUAUGGCACUGGGGACAGUCAGUGGGGCAGAUUAAAUCUGCAGUCCUUAUGCAAACUCACCAUCUUGAUGUAUAAAGAGUUUGUCAUUGGUUUAUGAAUAUUUUGCUAAACCUACAGAAAACAAGCACUGAACUGUUUUGAUGACAAAUCAUCAUUUGUUCACAAUGACAAUUUUUGUUGAUGGGGAAUACAAAAACGUUUUAAUAACUGCAUUUAAAAAUAAAUGCAGGCUAAUUUUUCCACCUGUAAAAAGCAAUUUAGCACACACCAUAAAAUGUGAAAAGGGGCUGAUUAUAUCUUUGUCCAAAUCUUUCCAUUAAAAAGAUUUUUAAAAUACAAUGAAGCUCCUUUAUGACUAAGCUCUAGCUUGGGAACUCCUGGCUCAGAGCUGUUCAUAAGGAAAGUUUUCUGGGGAGGAAUCUUCCUUUUGGGCAUUUCAUUUCAUUAUGCAAUAAUUCUUUAUGCACUGGGAAAAUGUUUGGGAGAGUUUAAAUUAUUAUAUAAUGAAGCUUCACUGUAUUUAAAAUUUGAUCAACCCUACCCAAAAUGUUGCUUUUUGUAAUUCACUAUUCGUAUUGCAUGCUUAAUUCAAUCUGAAUUAAUUUGGGGGACAUUAUGAUUUAUUUUUCUAAUUCUAGAGGCUGGGGUUUUCCAAUAUAAUUUCUCCAGCAUCUAUACCUAUUAUUUUAGGAUUAUAAGAGCCUUAUAAAUGGGAAAAAGCCAUGGCUCUUAUACAAAUAGCUAAGGACACUGAGACACGCUGGCCCUGCCAGUCACUUGAGACAUGAGGAUGAACUCCCUUUCAGAGGUCACCUGUUUGCCACCAAUCUGGGUAUCCAGUGAAUGGCAAGAGAUCAAAGGACACUUGGACAGUGAUCUCCCUCUACUGCUGAACCAAGAUGGGUAGGUAAAAGGAUGGAGGCAACCUGAUGAGGAACAAGCCUAUGACGUAAGUGGUGUGUCCAAGGGGUCCUCACAUCCAGGCGUUUUGAUAGGGGUACCCACUUCCAUUAGAUUUCAAGGUCUUAUCUUAAAUGGGCUGGGGUCUCUGUCUUAUUAGUCUAAUCUCUCUGCAACUUACCGAGCAAAUCACAAGGUUCUGUACCAGGGCUUUCCCUUGUGAACACUUUAAUGCAAACUAAUGCAUUUGCUACAAAAGAAACAUAUCAGGAUAGAGAAAUAUGACUAACUUAAAAGUUCCAAUUGCUUUCCUUAUAACGCACAAGAAGAAAACAGCUCUAGUUUUUCCUAAACCUUCCAUAGCGUUUCAGAAUUAUAGGGACUUACUCAAGACUUAGCCUCCUCACCUUAAUGCAACCACAAAGGUACUCCCCAUAGCUUUCAUGUGCAAAAUGAUUAAUAAAUAAACUUCUGCAAAAUGUAAA